GAGUGGUAAGUGACUGUGAACUAUUACCGCAACACUUUACUGUAAAUGGUUCAUAUCGGAACAAAGAAGAGAAAUAAAUUCAAUUUUGAAUGUGAAACGGAACUCUGGCUAAAAAUAAACAAUUUUGUGAAUAUUUGAAAUACUUGUUUAUUGAAAAUCCAAUAUGACGGCGGACGGAUCACAGGAGCUGAAGUGCCAACUGAUGAAAUGUAGAGAAGUUAUAUCUGUUGGAUAUAACACAGAAAGUCGAAUUGAAUGGUUAAAUAACUUCUGUGGUUACUUUUAUGAGUUCGCCGAUCGUCUGCAUAAAUAUAUCUCCACCGAAGUCACAGGGGAUCUGUCAGGGAAUGAACAUAUAGAUAUCACUUUUCUUUGCCUAGCUCAGGUGUGCCUGUGUACAAAAUAUUUGGAACGUGUCAUACGAGCUGAGGAAACUGCCGGCAAACCAAUACCAUCUUCUCGAACGCAUUUUAUAGAUCGGAUAAAUUUAUGUUUAGACAAAUUAGUACUAUCAACGAGGAACUUAGAAGUCACAGGAGAUGAAGAAAAAGCUCUUCAACAGUCGCGAUAUCCUUUUUUCGACUUAUUAGAAAUAGCCAUGGAUCAUAUUAAGAACUACAGUAAUUACCAAGAAAGUCUGAAUGAUGAAGUAGAUAAAUCUCGCGAGCUUAAAGAUGCAUUUGACUCCAGCAAAGAAGUUCAUCAAUGCGUUCGUUUCAUGAUUAGUCAGGCACUUGCUUUGGCAAAUGUAGCGUUAAUUGAAGAUAAAACAGCUAUCAGUGCAUUUUCUCAAAAGGUUCUGCAAGAUAGCACUGCAUUUCAACAGGAAUGCCAAAAAAAUUUUGAAACUGGUCGAAACAACGAAUCGAUUCGCAGCCUCAAGGCAUUAGCAUUAGCAGGAUCAAUAAACAAAUUACAUAAACAUGUCGAUGAAACGGUUUUGCGUUUAAUAUUUAUUUGUUUCUCAGAUUUAGAAAAAUUUUCUUUGGAUAAGCUUCGUGCCAAAAUUCAUAAAAAAAGAAAAGAUGAUGCGGAACUAGAUGAGUUCAUAGCAGACUUUGAUGUAAAUAUGGAUAGAUUGGCGCAAAUAGGAUUGUUUGCUUCGAAUGAAACAAAUAAACCGAAAUUAAAGACGUUAGUGCGCAGUUGUAUGGCAUCACUUGAAGCACUCGAUUCUUGCAUUAUACCUUCACUGCAAGCAUCUAAACUCACUGCUAUGCAUUCUGAAAUUUUGGAGCAGCAUUUCUAUGAGGAAAUAAAGAAACUGAAAACAGCUAUUUUUGAUAUCGUAGACGCUGCACCGCUCAUUAGAAGCUAUUUUGAUUUGCUGAAUUCUUGUGUAGCUAAAAUAGAAAAAAAUUUCAACAAAUCCCAAUUAGAUGAUAUACUUCAAAUGGGUGAAUUUGUUUUACAAUUCUUUCAAUAUCCCAGUAAUAAAAAAAUACUUCAACCGACGCAGAAGUUAAUAUACAAUCGCCUAGAACAUUUUCAAAAAUACAAAUUAAUGUUGAAGGAAUGUCGUGCUAUUUUGGUAUGUGCUGGCCAGGUGGAUCACAAACGUAUAGUAAAACGAUUUAAAAUAUUACGCGGCAUAAUGCAAAGGUUCGCAGAUGCACUUGAAUAUGAAUAUAAACAAAAUGAGCCUACGAAACGAAUUGAACCAAACCUUACAUGGGAUAAACUUGCUGUUGGCGAAAAUUUAACUAUCGAUUUAAAUGAAACACAAUUUCAACUUGAGAGUAUAGAACCGAGCAUAUGUAGUAUACUUUACCGCAAUGAGUCCGAUAUUUUUAAAUCACGUAAGCGUGCUCUAAGCGAAUCAAUGUAUGGUAAUAACUCAAGGUGUUCGCCUACAACAAGCCAAGAAAUGCGGGAUAAAGAAAAGCAGAAUUUACAAAGAAGAUUUAGCGCUGAUGGUCCAAAUAAGCAAGAGCGUAGUAGAGUCAGCUUGCGUAGAAAGGAAAGUUUGCGCACAACAAUGUUUAAACGCCAAAAAUCUCUGGAAUCAAGAAAAGCCUGCAAUUUUUAUUUACAAAAUUCUGCCAGUUUGCAAAUAUCAGAAAUACUCGAUCAAAUUUCGGAAAUAUCGUCGAACAACUCGAUACACUCGGGCGAAGAUGUACUCAAUAAAACUCGCAUUGGGUAACUUUUGCAAUGUGGAGUAACACCAUUGCAGUUGAAAAGGGAUUUUAAAAAAUUUAUAUACGGAAUUUCUGCACUGUAAUGUAACAUAUAAUUAUCUUUUAAAAACCUCUGUUUAUACUUUAGUUUUUACUUGUGAAAUGCUUUAAUGGUUUAAAGAAUAUCUUUUGUAUUAUUGUGAUCUCUUUACUUGUUUACUAUGUCCUAUAAAGUUUUUUCAAAUAAUUUUGUAUUUGUAAGCACAUAAUUGUAUAUCCGUAUACAUCAGUUUAUGAAAUAUUUUUUAUUAUGAAUCCCUUAUUUUGCAACCUCACUGUUUUUAUACGCAUAUGUAUGUAAUAAAAUCACUUUUAAA